ACUAUUUGAAUGGUAGGACUCAGAGAGUCGUUGUAGAUGGUGUGGCUUCGACAUGGUCACCAGUCACCUCUGGAGUGCCUCAAGGAAGUAUUCUCGGUCCGUUAUUGUUUGUCAUCUUCAUUAACGAUCUCCCAGAUGUUGUGCAAAAUGGAACUGAAACAGCCCUGUAUGCCAACGAUACUAAAUUGCACAAUACAAUUACCUCUACUGAUGACUGCAAAUGUUUACAACAAUCGUUGACAAAUCUGAAUUGCUGGAGUGUACAAAACAACAUCCGUUUCAAUGCUUCUAAAUGUAAAGUACUCACCAUUACACGCAAGAAAUCUCCUGUCACUUAUGAUUACAAACUGGGAACAGAAAGUCUGACUCGAGUUGACAGUGAAAAGGAUCUUGGCGUCAUCACUUCCUCCGGACUUUCAUGGGAACUUCAAAUCAAUUGUGUCAUCUCCAAGGCUAACAAAAUGUUAGGUGUACUGAAACGAACAUGUACUCAACUGACAGACAUGAAAGCCAGGCGAACUCUUUAUUUAACUCAUGUGAAAUCGCAAUUAUGCUACGCAACGGAAGUCUGGUCGCCCGUAAAUAACAUCCAACUCUCAAAGCGGAUUGAAAGAGUGCAACGUCGGGCGACGCGAUGGAUCAUGAUGAGCAGAAGAGGAGAGCUGAACUACAAAGAACGUCUGUUGGCCUUGGACCUUCUGCCGUUAACCUUCGACAGAGAGGUUAAGGACUUGGUGUAUCUGUACAAGGCUUUGUUUGGUUAUGUUAAUGUUGAUGUUAGUAACUGUGUCUCGUUUGUCAGUCACGGUCGAACUCGGCUGAGUAACACCUCAAAGUACAUUCUACAAAGUCAAAUUUGUAGAACAAGCACUUUUCAAUCUUCGUACUAUAAUCGUGUUGCCAAACUGUGGAACAUUGUAUGUAAAGAUGUAUGUUUGGACACUGUGUCUAAUCCUAGUUCUUUUAAAUGUUUAGUUAAACGUACAUACUCUAGUAUUGUUGAUUCUAUUUAUGAUGUUGACUUGUCAUGUACGUGGUCCUUGUUUCGUGACUGUUCGUGUCAUAGGACGUAA